AUGCUCACCCAUCUCCACUAUGGAAUACGCGCGCUAACCUACCUUACCUCCCUCCCCUCCCGCCCCCUUGAGCGCUGGUUCUACCGCUCCGACAUUUCCGCCGCAUAUCACCUCAUCUCCACCGCCUCCAUCUACAUCACCCUCUGGCUCAACGCCUACAUCCUCAUCCGCGCCACCGGCCUGCGCGCGCACCUCCGCAAGCUCCGCCAGCACGAGAGCUGCGAGCGCAUCGGCCGCAUCAACCGCCUCCUCCUCGACGCCUACCUCGGCGGGUUCUUCCUGCUGCCCAACCUCUGCGGCCCCAUCUACGUGUGCUGGUGGCUGAAUCCGCACAACCGGCAGCUCGACGAGCUCGCGCACUUGUACGGCUUCUGGAUCGGUGUGUGGCAUGUUCCGCUGCUUCUUAGUUUGAGCCUGAAGUUGGUUUUGCCCGGCGUUUUUGGUUUGCUUGUCUGGGUUGUUGGGAAGGUCUCCGAGGGCGUGUGGUGGGCUGCUGACAUUCUCCAGGAAGGCCCGGCUGCGUUGAUACAGGGGUUCUUGAGGCGGUUGAGGACGUUCCUACUCGCCGCGCCGGUAACGAUAUGCGACGGGAUCGACCGCAAGGUCCUACGGUCGGAGAGUAAGUAUUUGGUGUUUGCGGUGUGGCUGGCCAUGGCAGGGUACUGCGUCAUCCUUUACGCCAUCUUUGUCGAAACGUAUCGGGCGUAUUUGCAGAGAGCCGUGGCGCGCGUGCUUUCGAGCUUGCUUAUGGACAUCGGGGACCAGAUCUUUGCCGUUGGCUAUUGGCUGGAACGAAUGGUGGUCGAGAAGGGGUUAUAUGGGGGGACGAAGAGAUGGCAGACCGUCAGCUGGAUUGAGUGA